AUGCUCUGGACUUCUAUUCUCGCUCUUGCGGCAGUCGCCGAAGCCUUCCCAGGUGAAACAUGGUUCAACAAGGCAUUGUCAAAACGACAAGGUGGGACGACUAUGCUGCGAUUUGGAUGCGCACAGGUCGUAAUUGAUCGUCUCGACCCGUUGGUCAACCCUGGCUCGAUCCCCUCUACUCAUCAGCAUCAGAUCGUAGGAGGAAACGGGUUUAACGCUUCUAUGACUACAAGCGAUGUAUCCAAGACCGCAGACUGCACGACUUGUGCCUUUUCCAAAGAUUUCAGCAACUACUGGACUGCGAAUCUCUACUUCAAAGCACGCAACGGAACCUACAAGCGCGUGAAGCAGUUGGGCGCUGCCAACCAAUUCAAUGAUCAAUUUAGCACCCAGAUCGGGGGUGGUAUCUUGGUCUACUACGUCUCAGCAAAGCCCGGAUCCAUCACUGCCUUCAAGCCCGGUUUCCGUAUGCUGAGCGGUGAUCCCACCAUCAAUAAAGCCGAUCCCAAGAUGAAGAAACAAAACUGUUACCGUUGCUAUACUGGGCCCAACUUCGGAGGUGACAACGCCGCGCCUUGCGCCGAUUCUAAACUCGACACUCAAGCCUUGCCAAAAGAUGUUUGCAAGGGUGGCAUCCGCUCUAACAUCCUUUUUCCCACCUGCUGGGAUGGAGUCAACCUUGACUCUCCCAACCACCGUGAACACAUUGCUUAUCCGACCUCUGGUCCCGCUGACUUCCUCUCUCUUGGCGGCAACUGUCCUUCUACGCACCCCAUUCGAAUCCCGCAGUUAAUGUACGAAGUGGUUUGGGACACAACGCCCUUCAACAACAAGGCCGAAUGGCCUGCUGAUGGUUCACAACCUUUCUAUCUCAGCUACGGAGACAAUACCGGAUAUGGGCAACAUGCUGAUUACGUCUUCGGGUGGCAAGACGAUGAACUGCAGAAGGGCAUGGACGCCUCGAACUGCUUCGGUGCCAAGUGUAAGGACCUCAAGAACCAGGCCAUCGACGUGGCGAAGAAGUGCCAGGUCAAGUCCAUCGUCAAUGAGGAUCAUGAUGCUUGGCUCAAAGAGCUUCCAGGCAUGUCAUCUAUGCCUAUGAGGAUGGCAUAA